AUGUCAUUCCUAGGCUGCUUCCUCCCCUGCCUCUUCGGCGACGCCGUCGACGACGCACCCAUCAAAACAACAACCACCGACCACCACAUCGCCUCGAAUAUCGUCACAGCCAUCCUAACAUCCCCCACAACCGUCGACCUCCACAAAACCGUCAACGAACAAGUCGCCGUAACCGGCUGGGGCUGGACAGACUCCCUCGUCCAAGCCAUCCUCCAGGGCCUAACGGCUGCCGUUACUGCUGGCGCGGCCUUAGCGCGUCCUGCCGCUGACGCCUUGAAAAAAGCUAAAGAUGCGGCCGUCGGUUUUGCAAAGGAGCAUCCGGUGUACACGACUUUGAUUGCGCUGGGAAUACUGCUUGUCUUGCUGCCGUGGGUGUUGGAGGUGCUCGGAUUUGGAGAGGCGGGUAUUACUCUGGGUUCUUGGGCGGCGAGGUGGCAGUCGACUUAUGAGGGAUAUGUGCCUAAGGGGGCGUUGUUUGGGUACUUUCAGAGGCUGGGGGCAAAGUGGCAUUGGUUCCCAUAG